UCAAGCAACCAGCAACGUUCUUUUUCGUUCCGGUUACUUGCUUGGGGAGGAAAAAAAAUAUAUCAGUUUUUGUUUCGGUGCAUGGUUUUGUUUUCCUCAUAUUUUUGUUGCUGCUAAUCCAACAUGGCGGCGCAAGCGAGGACGGUCCUGUCGUUGUUUUCUAUGGCAACGAGAAAAAAAGUGGUAGGCGGCUAGCCCGGUCAGGGUGUCACAUGAUUAGCGACUAAACCCGAGCUGUCCGAUUCCAAUAUGUCGGUUGGCCCGCUGGAGCUACGCAUCUUGUUAAUGAUAUUGUGGGCUUGUUGGUUCGGGUCUUGUGUGUGCAGCCGGAACAGGUCGGUGCGGGUCCUCGGCCUGCGCCUGGAGAAGCCCAGCGAGCGCGUGUUCAUGCGGGACGGAGUCCUGAGCGCUGCGCGGGGCUCCACCUUCAGACUCCGGUUGUUCGGGUCCGACCUGCUGAGCGACACCUGGCCGUGGGUCGCGUUUGCAAGUGGUGCUGAAGACGCUUGUAGCCGAGAAACACGGCGCAAUGCUUCUGCUUUCCAAGUGCGUGGAGAGUUUAAAGCGGUGAAUGAAAACGAGGGCUUGAUACUUGUUUAUACUCAAGAUAGAACCCGCUCUGAACAGGUAAACAGCGAGGAACUUCCGGUUUCCCACUGCUUGUGCGUUUUCAAUGGGCAGAACUGGCAGUCAGUGGGGCAGGAUAAGUUCCGUGUAGACCCGGAUCUGCCACUUGAAUGGAUCCCAGCAUGGGCUCUGGCUGUAAUUAUCACCAUAGUGGUGCUCAUCUGCUCCCUGAUCCGAUGCCUGAAUCUCAGUCUGCUUUGGCUUGACCCUCUGGAGCUUUAUGUCCUGCACAGCUGUGGUUCAGAAGAUGAGAGACGGCUGGCGAAGCGCCUGGAGCCAAUUCGGAGGAGAGGGAACUUCCUUGUGUGUUCUCUGCUCUUCUUGUGUGCUUUGAGCCAUUCGGUGCUCGGCGUGAUCUUCUACCGUGCCUUCGGAUCCAUCCUUCCAGCCACGUUCACAUGCGCUGUGCUCAUAUUCCUGGUCGCAGAGUUGUUGCCCCAUAUCGUAAGCUCAGGUUAUGGCUUCUAUCUCGCCCCAGGUCUUAUAUGGCUGGCCCAGAGCUGUUUGAUCAUCACAUGCCCCCUGUCUUGCCCCUUAGGCCUGUUCUUGGAUUUGGCACUUGGGCGCGAUGUGAGCACUUGCGGCGUGCGCGAGAAGGCAAUGGAGCUGAUCCGGGCAAACGUGAACGAUCCGUAUAGCGAGUUUGUCAAGGAGGAGUUUCGCCGCGGGACAUUGAGGAGCAAGACGGUGGAGGACAUCCUGACUCCACUCAAGGACUGCUUCAUGCUGCCCUCCACGGCCGUGCUGGACUUCAACACUAUGUCCGAGAUCAUGCAGAGCGGUUAUACCCGUGUGCCUGUCUACGACGAGGAGCGCUCAAACAUUGUAGAGAUCCUCUACAUCAAGGACCUGGCCUUGGUGGAUCCUACCGACUGCACGCCCAUGACCACCAUCACAAAGUUCUACAACCACCCGCUGCAUUUUGUCUUCAAUGACACCAAGCUGGACGCCAUGCUUGAGGAGUUUAAGAAGGGAAACUCUCAUCUCGCCAUAGUGCAGAGAGUGAAUAAUGAGGGAGAAGGAGACCCCUUCUAUGAGGUGCUGGGUCUGGUCACCCUGGAAGAUGUGAUUGAAGAGAUCAUCAAGUCGGAGAUCCUGGAUGAGUCUGAUGGCUAUAUGAACAUGAAAGUGAAGCAUCCUCUUCCCCCACUGGAGAUUCCUUUGGAGCCCCGUGCAGUACAGGAGUUCUCUCUCUUCAAGCUACCCGAAGGCGAGGUGAAGACCCGCACAUCUCCUCAGCUUCUACUUGCUACCCAUCGCUUUCUCUCCAGAGAAGUGGAGCAUUUCUGCCCACAGCGUGUGUCAGAAAAAGUCUUAUUUCAUCUCUUACGGCAUCCCAGCGUCAAUCAAGAAGUGAAGUUUGACCCAACCAACAAAAUGAGUCCCGACCACUACCUCUACACGCGUAAUCAUCCGGUGGACUACUUUAUAUUGCUGCUGCAGGGGCGUGUGGAAGUGGAGAUUGGAAAAGAGGGUCUGAAGUUUGAGAACGGAGCCUUCACCUACUACGGCGUGUCAGCACUUACAGCGCCUUCGUCUGUACAUCAGUCUCCAGUGUCCACGCAGCAUCGCUCCCUGAGAGACACUUUUGAGCUGGGAGAAGCCACAAGCCCAUCCAGUUACUGUCCUGACUACACAGUCCGAGCCCUCACCGAUCUGCAGCUCAUCAGGGUAACCCGCUUGCAGUACCUCAAUGCCUUGAUGGCAUCUCGGGUAUCACAGAGCCCUGAUCCUCCAGAGAUCAAGAUCCUUCCUAACAGCCAGACGCAACUCCUAAAUGAGAAGAACGUCACCCCAGAUGAUGUGAACAUGUGAAGGCUUGCGAUGGAAUCUUAUGGAUCUCUCAGUUUCUGACGUUUGCAGGUACACGCACGACCCUGGAAUGCAGGACUGAUUAAAGUAUCUCCAGGCCAGAUAGAAGGCAUUUGAUCUAUCUGGUUAAGCUUGGAUAAGGAUUCAAUUUUAACUUUUUUUACUUUUUUUUUUUCCUCAGUUAUUCUUACUUUUAGGUAUGGUGUUCUUAGAUUUCAUUAGUUAUUGGUGCUUGUACUGAUUUUGUUUGCUGUGGGUGUGUGUCUAUGUAGCAUGGUCAUGUGUUGAAGCCUUUUCUGAUAAAUUUUUUUUUUUUUUAAUUUUAAUAAUGUGCCAAUAGACAACUGAGUGCCAUCACGGGCAGCAGGAACUGCUCUUUUUUUUUUUUUUUUUUAAUUGUUUUGCCUCUUUUUUUUUUUUUAGGGUGUCAAUUUUUUUGAUCAUAGAUAAAUCUGUCUUUAAAUCUUUCUAUCUGUUACACUCUGCACUGCAGUCUAGUGAAGUGUUCAGCUUCUGUAGUUUUAGUAUAUGCAAAUGUUUUAGUGUUUUGUGUAUGGUUGGUUGCAAGGUCUUGCUGUUACAACCCAAAACAUCACAGUAUAAGUAUUGCUCUGAAGUUACAAUUUUUUUUUAACACAAUGUCCAUGUAAUCUGGAAAUCGUUUAUUGUCUUUAUAUUUAUUGUAAUAUUUACAGCCCUCCUGUAACAUCUGAGAGUUUUAUACGUUGUUUAGAGUACAGCUCAACUGGCCAAACUUACAGUACCAGUCAAAAGUUUGGACACCCUUAGUCAUUCAAAGGUUUUUCGAUAUUUUGACCAUUUUCUACACUGUAAAGCAAUACUGAAGGCAUCAAAGCUAUAACAUAUGGAAUAUAUUAUGCAGUAAACAAAAGUGUUGGGAAAAAAAUCAUAUUUUAGAUUCUUCAAAGUAGCCACUGUUUACCUUGACGCUUUGCACACUAUUGGCAUUAUCUUAACCAGCUUCAUGAGGUAGUCACCUGGAAUGCUUUGCAAUUAACGGGUGUGCCUCGUCAGAAGUUAAUUAGUGCAAGUUCUUGCCUACUUAAUGCGUUUGAGAUCAAAUAGUAAAUAAUAAAAAUACAGUAAAUAGCCCUAGUCCACAACUGUAGUAAUCUAUAUUACGGUAUGUCAAGAACCGCUCAGCUAAGUAAAGAGAAACGACAUCCAUCAUUAAGACAUGAAGUCUUUUUUUUUUUUUUCUAAUUAAUAAAAAUUAAAGAAAAAACAUUGAAUUGGGUGUGUCCAAACUUUUGACUGGUACUGUAAAUUUGAACCAAGACCUUAUCAAUGAUCAAUAAGUUUCUUUUGUAUGCCAUGGGUUACUUUUUUUUUUUAACCUUACUGAACUACAAUGUCUGUUGCUGCAGCAGCAAAACUCAAACUAACAACAGCAGAGACUGAUCAUCACUCUGAACGUGUGUUUUGUGUACUACAUGAUCCCAAAUCCCCAGGCGGCUUUUCACGAAUUUAUUCAGCAACAUUUGAAACUGAUGGGAGGUAACGCUUUCACCGCUGCGUAACUUCAUGUACAGACUGUAUAACUUUUUUUUUAAUAUAUAAUAUAAGCAAUACCAUUAACACUAAGUAACUUUUUUGUGAUAAAUUCAAUAUAAACCAGUACACAAUUUUAAAAGCAAAUCUAGUGAACUAGAGUGUGUACCAUAGUGAAGUAUUGGGUACCAUUAGAAACUAGAGGGAUUCUGCUUUGAGAAUAUGUAACACGUGACAGUAAACUUGAGCGCAGGUGAAUUUGCAUUUUAUCCAUUAAAGGAGAACUGAAGGAAAAAUUUUUUAUUAAAAUUCUAUUUAUCUCAUUUUAUUAAAUAUAGGAAUGCAUUUUUGAUAGCUAUUUUGUCACUGCUAUAGCAAGUUAUGAGUGUUUGAAAUGUGCUAUGUAAUAUAUCAGACCAUAUGUCAAAGCAACGGCCGUAAAUGAGAUUCGUUGAGACCUGUGUGAGACAUCGUAGGACAGAAGUAAAAAACAUACAGCAGAAAUCAAAGCGACCAACAUCUGCCAACGUUGUCAAAAGACACACGCACCCUCUUUGGAAUGCUGAUGUAAUCAAGCCGGAAGUUUUGUUUGGUUUGAUAGCAAUCAGGAAAGUUUGAAAAAAGUAGGCAGUAAUCGUCAUUUAAACUCGUUUUUGUGCAAUACUUUGUUUGGAAAACAGUUUUCCAAAUGGCAGCACUGACACCUGGCUGACACUUCAUGUUUCAAAGUCUCGCACAAGUCUUGUGAAGAUCACGCAGAUAAUUGACACCUCCCGUGGACCAAACGAACUAAAUUCAACACGGCUAAAAACCGAACAGGCCGAUAAGUAUAAUAUUUAAUUGCAAUUAGUUGCCAAUACGAGUCACGACAUAAGGUUACUAAAACCAAAAACGUAAUUGAAGAACACGUUAAUUAAGAAAUAAAGCAAGUUUAAAAAUGACUUCAGUUCUCCUUUAAUAUUUAUCAAAAGAAAGAUGUGUAACCCUAAUUACAUAUUUGUUAACUCUUCCGAUUCACGCGACAGUAUACCGCUUUUGACAGGUGAAUACUGCGUACCACUUUUAGUCCUAAAAUCUACCGCGUUACAACAUGAUCAGUGAUCACUGUUGGAUUUGCUCUUCUGACCUUGCUUCAGUUGAACCAACAGAGCGGCGCAAUAAUGAUGCUGAAACUAAAUAUAAUUUCAUCUAAAUCUAAAGCAUGCAUUUUUGUGAAGUAUACUGGCCCGAUUUCCUGUGAUCUACCACUUUUCAUUCUCUGUGAGUUGGCAAGUAUGUAAUUAACAUUUUUUUUUUUUUAAAUUGUGCUUACCUAAAUUACGUCAUAGGAAUUCCCAGGGAAUCCAACUUAACCAAUCGGCAUCUACAAUACACAGGGGUUUCCCUUCUACAAGGAGACCGGAAUAGCGGUAUGCCGUGAUAAUGGUGACCAAUACAGGAGACCAGUUUCAGUCUGUCAUGUUGAAAGAUUCCUUCUUUUCCGGACUGAUAUAGCGAUUUGCAGUGGUGAAAGGGUCAAGUCUUUCACUGGAAUAAAAAUUACAAGCAUUUCUUUGAAUCGUUUGAUCAUCAAACAACGAUGCACCCCAUCCUAUAACACUUCUUCCUCAGUCUCAGCACUCAAACCAUCCUUUCAUGAUUUCUGUUCAUGUACAGGAGGACCAGAGUGAUUUGUGCGCUUGCGUUGUUUUUUAGAAAAUGUUGUUGACAAAUGAUGGGAGCAAACGAUGGCUGUUAUGCCGUAGUGGGGAAUUUGCUGGCACGUUUUGGGUCUACUUGAUGACUUAUUAAACAUUUUUUUUAUCCUAAUGAGCUGGUCCUCUUCCAGGAUGACUCUGACCCCAGCCACAUGGUACGAGGGCUCACUGAAAGAUUUGACUUCAGUCACCAGGUCUCAACUCGGUUGUAUACUUUUUAAGGUUAUUUUGGAGCGCUGUCAACAGUGCUUGUGCCUCCAGUACCAUUUCAGAGACGUGUACAGUGGAUGCCAUUGAAAUGUGCCUUUUGGUGGCCCAACAUCUUUCUAAAACGCUUUGUUGGUUUUUCCUAGAAUUUUUUUUUUUUUUUACCCACUUCUUCUGUCUUACUGUGACUUAAAUUUUCAGCUUAAAUUGAUGGCAUUUCAUGCAACACAAUAGUGAUGUAGUUGACUGAAUUAUACAUUUGAGGACAUUAAGGAAACGGAUUUCGGUCCUUUUUUUUUUUUUUUUUUUUUAAACCCUUGCCUGAAAGUAUUCAUAUGGUUAUGCCAUUGGAGUGCUCUGUUACUGUUUUUAUCUGGGAUUUGAGUUCCAGAUGCCAUGUUGAUGCUGAAAAGUAAAGGAGGGUUUUUUUUUCCUUCUUUUUUUAAUUGCAUUCUGAUUUAGUAUGUUCAUAGGGGGCAAAUGGCAAGAAGAAACUGCUUGUUAUUUUAGGAUUGAAGGAUUAUGCAGUUUAAUCCUGACUGACAUUUCUUUUUAAAUUGAUUUUAAAAUAGUCACAUAACCAAGCUAAGGGUAGUUUUUGCAUUUCAAAUCCAUAAUGAUGCAUCACAAUCAGUCUUUGACAUUAAUACAAAUUGUCAAAGAUUGACUAAGAAUAAUUCAUAUUUACUUGGAGGCAAAUAUUUUUCACCCGUAACCUUGUUCUGUUGGUAAAACCAGAUUGUAUUACGUUACACAAAUGAAUGCAUAUGGUAAAAUAAAUUCAAGUUCUGGUAUAUUUAUAAGAAGGAAUCUUGUUUUUGCCCUUUUUUGUAGGAUAGUUGUUGCAGUAUGAUGUGAUGCGGGUUUUUUAAUGAAUUGUAAUCUAUAGAUUGGUAAUAAUUGCUGGCAGACAAUUUUGAUUUUUUUUGCUUCAGUUAUAAAAUAGUAGCUGAAUUGUAAUUGGACCGUUUUUGUAGAAAUUCUAGGUCUCUCUGUAAUAUUGAUGACUGCUUGUGCAUUAAAUGCUCCC